AUGGCACUACGCACGGGAUGGGUUUGGCACAGGCGCUCAGACGUUGUAAGAAGCAGGUCUGCUGGGACACAUAGCGCAUGGGCGCUAAGGCACAGGUCUGCUAGAACGGCGCUGAGGCACUGGAGUGGCGUUGCGGAGUACAACCCCAUUGUGGUCACCAUAUCUUCAAGAGCAGAUUCAAUGUCCAUUGCAGAGGUCACCUUACACUUACUCACCAUUGAAGCCAGACUUGAGAAAUUUGAACAAGCUCAAUCCAAGGAUUUGGUGACUCAGCAAAGGAAAGCUGCAUUUGAUGAAGGACAACAUGCAGUUGCCAUGCACAGUAAAAGGACGAGGCAUACUCCACUUUCACCAAAAGUGAAACCAUUUUUACCUGAUGACAUCAUCGUGACAUCACAAGGAAAAGACAAAAGGAACCUCAGCAUAUUCCUUAUCCUAGUUCUAGAUUAUUCUCUUAAGAUGUUCUCGGUUCUCCGCUGCAUGCUUCCAAGGUGCCCGGUGGUGCUGGUCUCCUUCAGCACCGGCGUGCUCGGUUCUCCUAUCGGCUGCACUGGAAAUAGCUCGCCUUCUCACGUUCUGUGUUGGUACUCCGGGCCUGCCUUGGUCAUGCAGACGGUGCUUACCUUGCUGUGGGGAUUUUUGUGGAGGGACUUCGAAUAUUUUAGAGUGCUUUCAAAUGGAGCAAAUGAGGAGGCGGUUGGGGCUGAACUUGACUUAAAUAAGGGAAGUCUAGGGCUACUGGGAGAGAGAUGCCGCGUGGGGUGA